UCGGGUCGCGCAUUAGAUGUUCAUUAACAUUAAAAAACGAUUCUUUUGGCCUUUGAUGUUUACUCACCUUCGUGUCGUCUCUAGUAUCAAUCUCAUCGCCAUCUUUAUCUUUUCCAAAACACAACUAAUUUUCCUCACAGAGAAAGAGAAACAGUUCUAGAGAGAGAAAGUGAUGUCGGCUCGUGUAAUCACGGUCGCAAAGGACGGGACGGGAGACUACGCCGCGGUGCAGGAGGCAAUCGAUUCCGUCCCACUCUGCAACACUUGCCGGACGGUGAUCCGGGUCUCGCCGGGAAUAUACCAGCAACCCGUUUACGUUCCCAAGACCAAGAACCACAUAACCCUCGCCGGUCUGCGACCCGAAGACACCGUCCUCACCUGCAACAACACCGCCUCCAAAAUCGAUCACCACCAGGCGUCGCGUGUGAUUGGGACUGGGACAUUUGGGUGUGGUAGUACAAUUGUUGAAGGAGAGGACUUCAUUGCUGAGAAUAUCACUUUUGAGAACUCUGCUCCUGAGGGUUCAGGCCAGGCUGUGGCAAUUAGAGUCACAGCCGAUCGUUGCGCAUUCUAUAAUUGCAGAUUUCUGGGAUGGCAGGACACUCUAUAUUUGCAUUAUGGAAAACAAUAUAUAAAAGAUUGCUAUAUUGAAGGAAGUGUGGACUUCAUUUUUGGGAAUAGCACUGCUCUCUUGGAGCAUUGUCAUAUUCACUGCAAGUCGGCUGGUUUCAUAACUGCACAAAGUAGGAAAUCUUCUCAAGAGACAACUGGCUAUGUGUUCUUGAGAUGUGUGAUCACCGGCAAUGGAGGGACAGCAUACACGCAUCUUGGACGACCAUGGGGACCUUUUGGAAGAGUGGUUUUUGCAUACACGUGGAUGGAUGCAUGUGUCAAACAUGUUGGUUGGAAUAACUGGGGCAAAACAGAGAAUGAGAGAAGUGCUUGCUUUUACGAGUACAGGUGCUUUGGGCCUGGUAGUUGCCCAUCAAAACGGGUAACAUGGGCUCGAGAACUGGUAGAUGAAGAAGCAGAUCAGUUCCUUAUGCACGGUUUCAUCGACCCAGAUCCUGAGAGGCCUUGGCUAGCGCAGAGAAUGGCCGUGAGGAUACCAUAUGCCGCUUAGGAAUUACAAUGUUGCAGCAUGCAGGACACUCAGCAGCGGAUAAUAAGAGUGACGGGUUCUAUUGAAAUAUCUCAUGUAAGGUGACUUAAUUUCUUAGAUGGAUGCUUCAAGCCUGGGUUCAUGUGAGACUGAGAUAUGAAACGUAUCGCUUGACACCAGCCUAUGUAACUCUGCAGAUGAGUCGCAUUUGUAUGCCAUAAAUCUGUAUUUUACAAAGUGUCAAGUUCUGCACAUGUUUAUGCUGAAACACUUUCAGGCAUUUUUGAUUUGGUGUUACUGAAAAAGAUGUCUUUUGAAGUUGUAUGUAUCUAAGAUUGAGUUUUGGUUUUGAGCAAUAUAUAAACGUGUGGUGAGUUUCGGUUUUAA